ACCGUGUCCCUUACCUAACUCAAUAAAAACCCUAAUAACAUAUUGGCGACGCCGAAAGAAGCCAAAACCUGAAACUGAAAACGGUCAAAAAGCGCGCUUACCUGCGAGCAUGUGUCUUCUGUGCUUGUGCGUGGUCAAUACUGUGUGACUCUGCCUCUAACUGCAACUCAUGGAGAAGAGAGACUCACAAACGACGUCGUUUGCCUCGCUUGCAUCUGAGCAGAGAGGCGCCGGCGGCAAGUUGAGGAAACCGCCGUCGCGUAGGCCACUGGCCACUCCCUAUGCUCGCCCGCCGCAGAACCAGGAGCAGCGCGGCCGUUGGCUCUCUAAGCUCGUGGAUCCUGCUUUCCGUCUUAUCGCUGGCGGCGCCAAUCUAAUCUUCCCUUCGUUCUUCUCGAAAUCGCCAUCCGUCAAUGCGCUACCUUUUCCUAGCGCCGGAUACGGUUCACAAGACUUGCACACGGAGGUGGAACAAAAUGCUAGUGGUGAUGAUGUCAAUUUCGCUUGGAAUCAUGUGGAAUCAAAAGCAACUGGAGUAGCUGGUAGUAGCCAUGUAGUGGAUAGAUCAAAUAGCGACUCAGACUUUAAUGGGCUCAAACAAAACCAAAAAGUUGACGUUUCUGAUCCUAAUGGGUUAUCUGAACUUGAGCAACUAAUGAAAGAUAAAAAAUUUUCUAGGGAUGAAGUUAACCGUUUAAUAGAGAUAAUAAAUUCAAGGGCUAUUGAUCCUCCAGAGGUUGAGCGAGAAAGUAAAUCUAUAAGCCUCACUGUGGGAGAUCUUAGAAGGUCUACGGUUGCCCUUGGGUUUUCAGGGAAGUCAGCUGAAGAAAAGCAAGAAGAUUUGAAUAGAGCUAUUGGAGGAACCUCAAAAAUUAGAGAAAGGAAAUACUCAAAUACAAUUUCAGUAGAUUCUCGAGAGCCUGCAAAUGCCCUUGAAAAUUCAAGGCAUAUUGAAGAAAAGCAUGAAGAAUUGGAUAGAUCUCCUCUUCUCCAGCUGAAAGCACAACUACAGGAUGAUGUUGGUACUUCACCAAUGGAAAUUGCGAGAGCAUAUAUGGAAAAUCGAACGUCAGAAGUAGGCUAUGGUACUCACAGCUUAGUUUCAAAAGAUGAAGGGACAAUACCAAGCAGUGAAGAACUUGUACUAAAACCCUUCUUGCCAUCACCUGUCCCCAAAUCAUCUCCUUGCUGGCCAGGUGCCCUGGUGCAGGACCAGCGUGGCUAUAUGACCCCACAGAGUCAAAGAGGGAGAAUUGGGCUUCAUAAUUUCCCCCGAACACCUUAUUCUAGAACUAUUUAUUCAAAGUCUAAGUCCAAGUUGAUUCCAUUACAGGGCAAUAGUGAUAGAAACCCAAAAACGAUAGCUACUCCCUUUCAGCAGGCGCAAAAUCCAUUUGGACAGAUAAAUUCAAGGGGAAAUGCUUUCAAUGAUGGCCAUGGAUCUGUGGGCCCCAUCCGGAGAUUACGGAAUAAAGUCAUUGCAGAAACUCCUAGAGGAUCUGCUUAUUUUAACAGUCCUCAGGUGGAAAACUUCAGUAUUUCAGAAAGCUUAUUUUCAACACCAAAGAUAAAUUUUGAAAAUGGAGGAACAGUUAGCUCUGUAAAAUUUCAGUCUGCAAGCAGUAAGCCACAAAGCUCUGAAGUCAGUGUCCCAACUGUUCCUCCACAUUCUAGUCUGGUAGCCCGGAAAAUAUUAGAGCACCUUGAGAGAAAUCCACCCACCCCUAAAGAUAAGUCUGCUGAGUUGAGGUUAGCCACUUCAUGGAAGAAAGGUCAGUCCUCUGAUCUAGCAACUAUCAUGCCCAGCAAACUUAACAGCCCAACUCAAUUAGGAGGUUUGAAUUCUUCUGAAAAAUCAAUUCAACUUCAUAAAAAUAAUCCUUUGGAGCCUGUUAAUGGGGUCACUGGUGAUGCAAAUAAUGACACUUCAGCUUCAAAAAUGAAAGUUGGUACAGCUUCAAAAGAUGGUGAUUAUGCAGCGCAUUCACAAGAUUUUAGAAAACUCUGGGAUUCCCAACAAAUGACUGUGCAUGAGGAUGUUUCAAAUUCAAAGGUUCUGCCAAAUGCUGCUGGUUCUGAGGUUUUCGGUUUACAUAAAAAGCUUCCACCUCAAUCUUCCGGUACAAAACCAGUGCUGCCUUCUAUCAACGUUGAUAAGCCUAACCAAAGGUGGACAUUUUCCUCUGAUAAUAGCUCAGGAUUUACUUUCCCAGUUUCUGCAUCUUCUGGGGUAUCAUCUGAGCCGCCGACACCUUCUAUCAUGCCAUUAUCCUCAUCCAUUGAUCUGCAUCAACAGAAUGAUGGAUCAUCAAUCCCUUCAUACAAUUUUGGCACGAAGAGGUCUACUCCAGCCCUUGUUUUUUCUUUCCCUUCAACAAGCAGCGUCCCCGUACCUGAUGACGUAUCUGACUUGAAGUUCAACUUCGGAUCAGAAAAGACGCCGAGGAUAUCUUUCAGUUCUAUAGGCCAAGGUGCCAUAUGUUACUGAGUGUAAGGAUUGUUCAAGGAUAUUCAUUUCUUUUCCUAUUCCAGUUUUACUCUUUAUUCCAAUUGGACUAUGUUGAAUAUUCAGUUUAUAUGAAGUCAAUUAGUUGUA